CUGCUCGACUGCCUCACGAAGGCUGCAGGUCUCAACUGAUGGUGUCCUGUGCACACCACCAAGGACAGCUCAGGAGAAAGGCAAGGGUCCCUGGGACCUGCCUCCUAAUUGUGCGUGUCCUGCAAGCCCAUAACCUGCCCUCCAAGGACCUGAUGAGCCCUUCUGACUGCUACGUGACUCUGUGGCUGCCUACAGCCUCCAGCCACAGGCUGCAGACGCGCACCAUCAAGAACAGCAGAGACCCGGUCUGGAACCAAACCUUUCGCUUCCGAAUCCACAGUCAGCUCAAGAAUAUACUGGAACUGAAAGUCUUUGACCAAGACCUGUGGACCAAGGAUGAUGCUGUGUUGUCAGUGCUGUUUGAUGCAGGGACCCUACGAGUUGGGGAGUUCCGACGCCAGAGUUUCUUCCUGAACACUGAGGGUGAGAUGCGCCUGGACGUGGAAUUUCGGCUGCAGAGCUUGCCACACUGUGCAGAAAGUCUGGUCAGCAAUGACAUCCUAGUGGCCCGGGAGCUCUACUGUUUGUACGUUCAGCUGAAAGACAUGGGGGACAGGGAAGGGUCAGAGAAGAAAGUUCAGCUUGCAGUUCCAGGGGCCUGUGAAGGUGUGCAGGAGGCCUCUGUAGGUACCAGUUCUUUCUGUUUCCACUGCGUGGCCUCCUGGGAGCAAGAGCUGAGUAUUUACCUGCAGGAUGACCCCCAAGAGCAACUGAAGGUGCCACUGCGGGCCCUGCCCUCUGGCCAGCUGGUGAGACUGGUCUUCCCAACAUCUCAGGAACCCAUGCUGAGGGUGGAGCUGAAGAAAGAAGAAGGCCCAAAGGAGCUGGCUGUGCGGCUGGGCGGUGGGCCCUGUGCUGAGGAGCAGGCCUUCCUGAACAGGCGGAAGCAGGUGGUGGCAGCAGCUCUGAAGCAAGCCCUACAGCUGGACAGAGACUUACAGGAGGAUGAGAUCCCAACAAUAGCCAUUAUGGCCACAGGUGGUGGGAUCCGCGCAAUGACAUCCCUUUAUGGACAGCUGGCUGGUCUGAAGGAGCUGGGCCUCCUGGACUGCGUCUCCUACAUCACAGGGGCCUCAGGUUCCACCUGGGCCUUGGCCAACCUCUAUGAGGACCCAGAGUGGUCUCAGAAGGAUCUAGUAGGGCCCAUGGAAUUGCUGAAGACACAGGUGACAAAGAGCAAGCUGGGUGUGCUGGCUCCUAACAAGCUGUGGCAGUACCAGCAGGAGCUGGCCGAACGUACCCGCCUGGGACACCCUGCCUGCUUCACCAACCUGUGGGCCCUCAUCAAUGAGGCACUGUUGCAUGAUGGGCCCCACGACCAUAGGCUCUCAGAUCAGCGGGAGGCGCUGAGUCACGGCCAGAACCCUCUGCCCAUCUAUUGUGCUCUCAACACCAAGCAGCAGAGCCUGACAACCUUUGAGUUUGGAGAGUGGUGUGAGUUCUCUCCCUACGAGGUUGGCUUCCCCAAGUAUGGGGCCUUCAUCCCCUCUGAGCUCUUUGGCUCUGAGUUCUUCAUGGGGCGGCUGGUAAAGCAGCUCCCAGAGUCCCGCAUCUGCUUCCUGGAAGGUAUCUGGAGCAACCUGUACGCAGCCAGCCUCCGGGACAGCUUGUACUGGUCCUCAGACCCCAGCCAGUUCUGGGAGCGCUGGGCCCAGGAUCGGGCCAACCUGGACAAGGAACAGGUUCCUCAUAUGAAGAUAGAAGAGCCACCCACAGCAGCUGGCCGUAUCGCUGAGUUCUUCACCGACCUUCUCACAAGGCGCCCGCUGGCCCAGGCCACUCACAAUUUUCUGCAUGGCCUCCAUUUCCACAAAGACUAUUUCUACCAUCCCCACUUCUCCACCUGGAAAGCUACCAAGCUAGAUGGGCUUCCCAACCAGCUGACACCCACAGAGCCCCACCUUUGCCUGCUGGAUGUCGGCUACCUCAUCAAUACUAGUUGCUUGCCACUCCUGCAGCCUACUCGGGAUGUGGAUCUCAUCCUGUCACUGGACUAUAACCUCCAUGGAGCCUUCCAGCAGCUGCAGCUCUUGGGCCACUUCUGCCAGGAGCAAGGGAUUCCAUUCCCUCACAUCUCACCCAGCCCUGAGGAGCAGAGCCAUCCUCAGGAGUGCCAUGCCUUCUGCAGCUCCACCCAGCCUGAAGCCCCUAUUGUGCUCCACUUUCCUCUGGUCAAUGACUCCUUCCAGGAGUACUCAGCCCCUGGGGUGCGGCGGACACCAGAGGAGAAAGCAGCUGGCGAGGUAGACCUGUCCUCUACCAGCUCCCCAUACCACUACACCAAGGUGACCUAUAGCCCUGAGGAUACAGACAAGCUGCUGCACCUGACACAUUACAACAUCUGCAACAACCAGGAACGGCUCCUGGAGGCCCUGCGCCAAGCUGUGCAGCGGCGGCUGCACAGGCAGUGCAGACCCCAGUGAUGCAGGGGAGGUGCCUAGGCUGGACCUUGCCUGGCCCUUUUCCCUGUGGCUGCAAGUCUGGAUGGGGACAGCAUCACCAUGUUCUGGAGCCUCUGGUACCACAGGGCUUUGAUGCUCAGGACUGUCCAGAGGUGGUGGCACUGAAGCCACUAGCGACCCUGCACAGAGAUGAGGCUGAAGGCCUGCAAGAGGCUAAGAGUAAGCAGCCUGGCUCUUUCUGGCUGCAUCUAGAGCUGGGAUCCCCAUGGAGUGAGGAGGGCUCAUAGGCUUUGUGGCGGCAGCAGGAGUGAUGGGGAGAAAGUAGCCAAAUGCACGGAGUGAAGCAGAGCAUUUUACAUUACAAACGUACUUGUAAAUGGGAGGCACUGUCCAAAGUCAUCUGUCAUUCUGGGCUCUUGGUUAAAAGCAAAGCAACCCUUCUCUCUGGGCACCUGACAUAGCCCUGAGGCAUGGGUGCCUGUCAGAGAGUGGAUAUCUGUUUGGUCACUCACUGUGCCCCUGCCCUGUCCACCUCACCCAGGCAGGGAAUAGAAGUGAGACCAUGAUGUAGUCAGACGACUGUUCCUGCCAUGGAAGGAGCAGCCAGACGUGAGAUCAGAUGAACCAGGCAUCAGUGACAGUGGCCUCCCUAGCAAGCUGUGACAUGGCAGGGCCCAUCCAACAUUGUCCAGAAGCUGGUCCACAGUAGCCGUUGG